GGCAGGAGGAGGCUGUCAAGCUGUCUGGGUGUGACUAAACACCCUCUAGUGGAGCUGCUGACAAGCUGUCCUGCAGAGCUUCUAUCCGUUUCUACCAAUCAGCAUUUCAAGGUCUAUGGUCUAAGCAGAGACCAUGUGGUGUGUGGAGCUGCUCUUGCCAUUGUUGCUGAUCAUCAAAGAUGCCAGCUGCCAGUGGAACGUGUGGGUACCUCGGGACAUCUCUGCCAUGACUAACUCGUGCGUGGUCAUCCCGUGCACCUUCAUGUAUCCAUCUGGCAUCAGGCCGUAUCGGGGCAUUCACGGUAUCUGGUACUUUGGGCAGCCCUACCCUCAGCUCUUCCCUCCUGUAGUGUACAAAUCACGCACGGAUAUCGUGCACGAGAGCUACAAAGGCCGGACCAAGCUGCUGGGUGACCUGCACCAGAGGAACUGCACUCUGCUCAUCAGCAACAUCGGCACAGAGCACUCAGGGAGAUACUACUUCCGUGCUGACCUUGGGGGCGCCAACAUUUACACGUACCCGGACUUCUCUGAGCUCAAAGUUCUGGAUCAGCCCAGCAUCGACGUCCCAGAGGAGAUUGUCAGUGACGAGAGUCUGGAGCUGACGUGCUACGCUCCUGACAACUGCCCGGACAUGACUCCAGAGAUCCAGUGGAUGUACACCGACUACCUGCCUGACCCCGAGUUCACCUCUGACUACGUGGAGGAGAGCAACACCGCCGUGCUCUCCAGCACGCUCACCUUCACACCCAGACCCAUGCACAACGGGCAGCUGCUGGGCUGCAGGGUCUACUUCCCCAACACCACGCUCGUCUACGAGAGGCUCAUCUCUCUGGACAUCAAGUAUGCCCCUCGCUCGGUGUGGGUGAACGUCUCCUCGGAGGUGAUGGAGGGCAGCUCUGUGACACUGCACUGUGAGGUGGACAGUAACCCCGCUCCCAGGAUCUCCUGGAUGUUUGGAGACCAGGAGCUUCUGUGGGACACGGCCUCCAACUCCUCGCUCUCCCUGGACGACGUGACGCCGGCUCAGGAGGGAGUCUACACUUGUGUCGGCGACAACGGAUACGGCAUCAUGAACACCUCAAUGUACCUGGCGGUCAAGUAUCCCCCCCGAGAGCCCGUGGUGAACAGCUCUCUGACGGUGCUGGAGGGCUCCUCUCUGUCCCUCCACUGCAGCACGCAGGGGAGCCCAGCGCCCACCCUGACAUGGCUGAAGGACGGGGAGCUGGUGGGCACCAUCACCGCCGAGGAGCUGUCGGUGCUGGAGAUAGCAGCGAUCACGCCGCAGGGAGACGGGCAGUACCGCUGCCUGGCCGAGAACGAGCACGGCCGGGCCAGCAGCUCGCUCAACAUCACCGUGGAGUAUGCCCCGGUCUUCCUGGAGGAGUCGAAGUGCACGGUGGUGCGGGAGGGCGUGCAGUGUGUCUGCAUGGCCACAGGAAACCCGGAGCCCACCAUCGAGUUCUACCUGCCCGACCUGAACAUCACCAUCAACGAGACGGACGGCAGAUACAACUACUACACACACACAGACGGACACACAUCCACGGGCAUGAUCAAGCUGCGGGAGAAAGGCGACCGAGCCGGCGACGGCGUCCCUGCCGUCAACGUCCACUGCAGCAUCACCAACAUGUACGGGACAGAGAGCGUGCUGCUGGAGCUGCAGCAGGAGAAAAAGUACAUGAUGGCGGUCAUAGUUGGGACCAUUGGAGGAGUGGCUGUCAUAGCCUUCAUCAUUGCAGCAGUGAGAUACGUGGGCCACAACAACAAGAAAGAGAAUGGCAACCCUGGGCAGGACCUGGUCUCUAAACUGGAGAACCCAGCUUUGUACUACAGCGCAAUCAAGAAGGACAAACAAAAUCUGAGGAAGAAAGUGCUUAAGACAGAGCUGUUGGGCUCAAAGUUUAACUCCAUUCUAGAGGAGACUACGGGAGAAGACGGGGAUUUUCAACCUGUGGGCACUCUGGCAGAACUGGAGAAGCAAGAGCUGAAUUAUGCUGCUCUGGAGUUUAUCGGGGCCCGGCCCAGGGAGGGGGCCUCAGGGAGGGGGGAUGACGGCAGCGACUAUAUUGAAAUCAAAGCCAAAUGAAUCGCGAUCCUUCCCUGAUGCCUCGGCUACGCGAGACGCAGUGGCAGCCAUGCACCCUCCGCAUCCUCUGGCCCAUGAACUUAACUCCCCCACUGGAUAUCAUCCUGCUCACGAUGACUUCUUGUUUCUACAUUUCUUCAGAUUCAUCCCUCAUGAUCCCCUUUGUGCCACUACUUGUGCCCCUUCCUCCUCCUCCUCCAAUGGAUGCUCAGUCUCAUGUCACCAUUUGGGAAAACUGGUACUUUUCUGGGUCGGAGCAUGACACACUGGACAAUGUAAAACAAAACAAAAAAAAGCUCUUUGAAUUUUCAGUAUCAGUUGACCCGAUUAUGUAGUACAUGGGCUCUCAAGUCCCUAACAUGUGCAGUGCUUAUUCUGUCUUUCUUUCUUUCCUUCAUUCUUUCCUUUUUUGUGUUGCUUUGUCCUUGUUUUUAUCACUUUUUAUCAAUGUUGCCGUCAUGCCACGGACAUCUCGGACUCCCCUGUGCUUGCAUCACCCUCAUUAUUCGCUCCACAUCUGUCUCUUGUAAGCGUCACUGUGUCUGCUGCCUGUCAAUGCAUCAGGGAAAGGGGUAACUGUGCUUUUUGGUUCUCUUAUCUACAUUUGUGGAUAUGGGCUGAGAACAAGGGGGGUGUUCCUCUCCUCUUUUCUCACCCCAGUGGUUAAUUACAUCCCAGGAAGAUAUUUCUCUAAAGUCAGAGCCGGAUAUGUGUCCCGUCACGGGGGCAUCAGUAUCUUGUUCCACUUAAUUAUGUUUAGUGUGUGUGCUGUGACUCAGUAGCCUCUUACAAUAAAUGAAAACACUGGCAAUUUGUCACCAUCACUUUUAUAUGAUAAGAAACAAAGAGGUUUGAUAACCUAACGUGUCUGGAAGCGCCCGCUUGAGAAAUGGCUGGCUCUGAAAAAAUGGCACUGCAAAAUUUCUGUUUCCUAUUAUUAUUUUAAUUUAUUUAAUUUAUUAUUUUAUUUUCUUACUUCUCCUAAAACGCUAAUUCUAGGCAAUUGGUCUGGGUAAUACAGAAAUAGAGCACAACACACUUGCGCCACCGGCCAAAGUGCAUCUCUUUGAGACAAUGUGAGUGUGUGUGUGUGUGUGUGGUUGCGUGCGUGUGUGUGUGUGUGAGUAUCCAAAUAGUGCUGAAAGAUCAAAGGACACUGAUCACUGGGGUCUUAAGGGAGUUAAGAGUAUCACUUUACUUGAGACUGCUUUAAGUGUUUGUACAUGGUUGUGAAGUGUGAAGUUGAUGCUUUAUUCUCACAGGGUUGCAUCAGAUGUUUGAAUGACAAGAAGUGAUGCUGACUAGCCAGUUGGCGGCGCUAUUCAGAGACAUUUGAUCGACUCGUGAUGUAAUAUCAGAGCUCACUAAUGGUCUAACUAGAUAAUGAUGGUGUUAAUAAUACAUUAAUAACUUGUACAUGGAUAGGUAAAGGGAUGCCAGUAUGUAAAUACCCUGCAUGGCUACUUUGAUAGCAGGCAUAUAUUUACGCAAUAUAUGGUGAAAAUGUAGUUUUGCAGCAGCGGUCUUGCCAGCGUGGCGACUCGAAUACAUUUUUGUCACACCUCACUGACUCAACUCUGUCUUAUUAUGAGCUGCGGCGAUGCCAUGAGCAGUCACAGCAGCUGAUGUGGGGAAACAGCGCCACCAACAGGGCCAAACCACGAGGCUCAAAGUCCACAAGUGGUUACGUUUACAUGCAGGGAGAAAACUUGGCUAUUGGCCGUGCAGUGAGCUCUUAUUCAGGUGAAGGUGUUUACAGGAGUCUUUUGCUAUUUUUGUUUCUGUGAAUAAACCAGUUAACAGAAUAUCCCUUUCCACCUGUGGUGUCCCGCUAACAGCUUGAACACUCCACCGAAAUGAAGAGUAGGAAAAAUCCAUCAUCUUUGACUGGGCAGAAAAUAAAUGAUGGUGCCGGUAGCAACGGGAAUCAUUCUGUGCCAAAAGUGCUGUGCAGGUUUGGUUUGUAAUCCAAAAGUAAAAGGAUUAAGAUGUCCAGGUUAGGCCAGACGUUUAAACUGGUCCUCAUCAUCAGGAGUACGAGCUUAUCUGAUUUGGUGUUUACAUGCCUCAACCAAGAACCGGUCAAUAACACGACUCUUAAUGCAUGUAAACGUAGCUGGAUUUUGACAGCUAUUGUGUGACGACUGUCCAUGACAUCUCUCUUAUUAGCCUUUUAUUAAGACAUUGUUCCGUCAACUUUAUGAUGGAGGGUUCAAAACAUGCUAGCCAGCGCUCUCAAAUUGCCAGUAUGGACAAAAUCAAUAACCAUAUCCUGUUUUGAAUUCAUCAUGUGGGGGUUAUUUUUUUGUAAGGUGGGGCACACAAUGUAGAAGUAUCAAUUAUGUCUUACCUAAUCUUUUGUCACUUAGUGUGUUGUAAAGCCAAUUUGUACGUUCUAUACUUUGUGGUGAUCAUAAUUAUUAUUAUUAUUAUUAUUAUUGUUAUUAUUAUUAUUAUUAUGAAGAGUUUUUUUUCUAUAUAAUUGACACAAUAAUUCCGAUCAGGAUUUUGCAAUCUCUCUGCAAAUUAGCACUGUUGUUACUUAAUGACAGUAGGAUUUCUACGAUGAUGUAGUUUGCUUGCUCUUUUGUUUUAAACAAGUCUUUCACGCCUCAAGCAAAUUCAUCUGUCUUCAGUUCCAUGCAAAGAUAAAUAAAGUAAAAGACACAAAAUGGAAA